AUGCAGCAGAAAUUACUGUACAGGCCGCUGCUUGGCCAACAUGAUAUUCGUGUCAUUCGACUUCUGACGCCGGUGGACGAUUCUGUUCACGCUACGGGGCCGGUGCACUGCGAAAUUGUGCAUGCUGCGCUUGGAGAAGCCGAUCUCGUUGCCAAUGCCGGUAAUGCGACGAAGGGAUCUAAUGGUACUUGGCCGGUGAGCGUGGACGCCGCUGUUGAUAACCAGUCCAAGACAUCACAGCCGACGGGAUUCAACGCGCUCUUUGAAAAGAGCUUGGUAGAACGCAUGACUCCGCUGGCCAAUAUACCAGUAAUACCCUACUUCGAGGGACCCAAUUGUCUUAAGGAAAGCCCACCAAAGGUCGGGGAUCGCACGGUAACAGCAUGGAACCCAAGUCAGGAUGAAGAAGCUAGUCUACCCUGGCGAUAUACCUGGGGUGAUUUCGUCGCCUUAUCUUACGUCUGGGGCGACCAAUCCAUCAGGCGCGAAAUAAUCGUCGACGGCAUACCUGUCUCGGUAACAGCAAGUCUCGAGGGUGCUCUACGAGAGCUACGACAUCACAGCCGCAUACAGCAAGGCUUUUUAGUCUGGGUCGAUGCGUUAUGUAUCAACCAAGAAGAUCUAGAUGAGCGCUCUGCCCAGGUCGCCAAAAUGAAGGAUAUAUACCAAGCCGCAUGGCACGUUGUUAUUUGGCUCGGCCCUGACGAGAACCGCAGCGAUCUAGCGACGCUGGCGCUCAGGUACAUGAGUCUCCAUUCGGAGGAUGAAGAUGUUUUGGAUAAACUGUAUAAGCAUGUUGAGUUUUACAUCGUCCGAGUGCCGUUUAUGCAAUGGAAGCAUGCGCAUACGAGCUUGCGCAUAAGGAAAGCCGUGCUGAAUGCGAUAUACCAUCUCCUUGCUAGACAGUACUGGCGUAGGCUUUGGAUUAUCCAGGAAGUUGUCCUAGGGUCUCGAAACUCACCUGUUAUUUGUGGCAAUAGUUCUAUCUUACUAAAAGAUAUCUUCAAUGCCUUAAGGGUGAUGAAGGCAGACGGCGACGCGCUAGGCCAGUAUAUAAUCUUCGCUGCAAAAGGGUCGAGCAGAACCCAACAAAGAUGGAAUUUCAUAGCCGAAGACACGUACGGUAUCUCGGAGAAGCUGUGGGAGCGGCCGAUCGCGAUAACAGCGCUCAAGUUCUUCGAUAUAGAUAUAUCGGCAUUGCAUAACGGCGUAUACGACUGUCUACUCGUCAGUCGAGAAGCUAACGCCACUGACGAACGCGAUCGGGUCUACGGUAUCCUUGGUCUACCGCAGAUCGCAAACACCAUCCAGCUCAUUCCGGACUACAACCGCACGGCACCUGAGACUUUCAUCCUCUUCUCGGCACGCCUCCUCGCAAGCGGUAACUUAAACGGUCUUAGACUCGUGAACAGCCCUAUUCCGGCGAUCGGCACCCGGUACUACAAAAGCACGCACUUCUCCCGCCCGCGCUCACCGAAAUUCAUCCACGGUCACCGCGUCGUACACCGCGGCUGCGAGCAUGGCUUACCGUCGUGGGUCAUCUGCUGGUCGUGUCCGCGGAACCCCGCGCAGCCGUUCCUCGACCGCACUCGAUCUUUAACCCUUCCGGCGCUCACACCCGCAACGCUACACAUCACAGAUAAUAACGUGCUUAUUGUUAAGGGCGUCGUGUUUGACACGAUUACCACCCUCAGCGCCUGCCACGCCACCGAAUCCGAUAAGUCGUACCCCCGCAGCGCGCCCGAGCCCCCAAAAAGCGCGUACGGCGAUCGUGCCGCGACGCGGGAGGCUCUGGCCCGGACACUAACUGGGGAUUUCGAAUCCAAGAGUGAUGAUGCCAGCGACAGCGACAACCCCGACAUCGACAAUCCGUCCUUAGCUACCGCAAUAAUGCACCCCAAGAUCUGGGACAUAGGUAUCAACGGCAUCGACAACAACAUCUUCGGCCUAAAAGACUUCUACCAGCGCAAUCGCGCCCUCCAAAUAUUCGACCAAUGGACAAUAGAUUCCCUAAUACGCGAUCUAAGUAGGAACGCGGAUAUCGGGAGGAGGGUCAAGGAGUCGGCGCGGUCUCAGCCUAGGAUAUUGAGGGUCACGACGGCGCAUCGAGAGGCGCUGACGCAAGCUAUGCGGGCACUAGGGUGGAGGAGACUGGUGGUUACUGGCACGGGGUUCUUGGGGCUGGUGCCGGCUGCGGCUAAGGAGGGGGAUGUUUUGGCUAUGGUGGGCGGGUGUGAUGCCCCGCUGCUUUUGAGAAGGGUUGAGGGUGAUGAUAGAGUUGAGGAGAAGGGGAAUGGGGUUGAGAUCGGGAAGGGGAGAUUCCAAGUCAUAGAAGUGACUCUGACGUCACUCCCCAAGAUCGCUACGGGCAAGGUCCGCGACUUAUAUACCGUCGACGAUAACACCCUGCUAUUCGUAACCACGGAUCGCAUCUCCGCCUACGACGUCGUCAUGAAGAACGGCGUGCCCAACAAAGGCGCCCUACUAACCCUACAAUCCGUCCACUGGUUCAACGUCCUGUCUGAAAAAGUCCCCGGCCUAAAAACACACUUCCUCACCACCGACGUCCCGCCCGCCGUCGCUCCCGAGGAGGCCCAAGUCAUCCGCAACCGCAGCAUGCAGGUCCGCAAGCUCACCGUCUUCCCCAUCGAGGCCAUCGUCCGCGGCUACCUCACCGGCAGCGCCUGGAAGGAAUACAAAGCCCACGGCUCCGUCCACGGCUACCCCCUGCCCCCCGGCCUGCGCGAGUGCGACGCCAUCCCCGGCGGCCCCAUCUACACGCCGAGCACCAAGGCGCCGCUGGGUCAGCACGACGAGAACAUCUCGCGGGAGCAGGCCGCGGAGAUCGUCGGCGAGAAAUACGCCUCGCGCAUCGAGGACCUCGCGCUGAGCAUCUUCCGCGCGGGCCAGGAGCACGCCGCGGAGCGGGGCAUCAUCAUCGCCGACACCAAGUUCGAGUUUGGCCUGGACGAGGCCACGGACGACGUCGUGCUUGUCGACGAGGUGCUGACGUCGGACUCGUCGCGCAUGUGGCCCAAGGACAAGUACGAGCCGGGCCGCGACCAGGAGAGUUUCGAUAAGCAGUUCUUGCGGAACUGGCUUACGCAGAACGGGCUCAAGGGGAAGGACGGCGUCGAGGUCCCGGAUGAUGUGAUCAAGGCGACUGGGGAGAGGUACGGGGAGGUAUUUAGGAGGUUGACGGGGAAGACGCUUGAGGAGGCUUUGCAGAUAUGA